AUGACAUCUCCCCGCCAGGACAAGCAUGAAAUUGGCAGGUCACGGCGCCUCAGCGCCCCUGCAAGUGCAUUGGAUCCGCGGCCUGUGAACUAUCGGAAGAAGGAGGUUACACAGCUCUCCAAGAGCGGAACCGGGCUGGGGCAGUGGGUGACCACACGCAUGGCUGCCUGGCGAACAGCGCCCAGCGAGAUGGGCUACAGGAUUGACAUGUUCCCGAUUGGAUGGCACGUCCACGAGGCGCCUUGGACUGACGAUCCGGUGGAAGGCUGGCUGCCAGUGGUGCCUCGCGGUUUCGUCAAGGCUUCCGAGCUCGCACCCGCACCAACCGAGGACGAGCCAACGCUGCUGACGCCUCCCCCUUCCUCGUCCCGAGGCUCUCCGCUCAGCAGUAGCAACAGCUCUUCGCCACAGGCAGACAAAUUUGACCAACCAUCUGCUGCCAGCGCGCGGGCAGCACUUCUAGCUCUGCGAGAGGAGCACGUACGUUUGCGGGAAGCCAACAUACAGCUCCGUGAGCGUGAGCUCAAGAAGAGGCAAGAGAUUGACAGUCUGAACAAAGCCCGGGACUUGACCGCCAAAGAGCUGGCUGCGGAUCAGGAAAAGAUUAGCCUGCAAAAGCAGGAGCUGGAGCAGGGCGACGAAGAGCUUCGGGUGCUUCUGCAGAAGCUGGCGCUCUGCCGCGAGGCAGUCGUCACAGCUGUGAAGAGCAUUGACGCGGUGUAUGAAGACGUGCCUGAUGAAGAAACUCAAAAGGAUGCCAACCUGAGCAGUGACGAGGCUGGCCCAAUGGUGGCACGGGCUCGGCAAGCGCGUAGCCAGCAGGCAAAGCAGAAGGCCAUCAAUGCCAUGGAGGCGGACAAGGCCAUUUGUGAGCUUCUGGCGGUUGUGGGCAAUCCAUUAACCGCAACAGACGAGGAGGCAGAGGAGCGCUUCAAGACGUCCGGGGAGAACGCGGAGUGUGGCAGCAACCUCGAGAAGCCGCUGGAGAUGAAGGUGCGGAGCAGUCCGACCAAGACAUGUUCUGGUGACCAGCGUGCACCUCUUCGAGAUCUAAACCGUGUUUAA